AUGUCUGAGCGAGGUCGUACGUCCGUCGUAGGAGCCGAUCACUGCGCCAAAAAAUUCCUUCCGACCCCCCUAGACUUUGUCGGUGUUGCGGACCGGGACCGUAAAAGGCAACUUCCCUCACUGGAAGUUCUCGAUAGACUCUGCGAGGGCACAAGCGCGCGUUCGUUGGCUGGAUGGACCUGGUGUUUGCCUCUUUCACCAGAGAACACUAGAGUCCCUAUAGAAGGGAAGAGCUUUACCAAUAGAUCGAACCACGUACAUCCCGAAGUCAUUAUGAGCGCGGCGGCAGCCGGCAGUGGCUGGAAAUGUUCUCGUUGUACGUUCUACCACCAUGCUCCUGGAUCACGUUGCGCCAUGUGCAACGAGCUACGAGUCUCGCGACAGCAGAUGCGCGACUUCGUCAUCGGCAAGCCUAUUCCCAAUGACGAUGCACAACAAACCAUACUUUCUACAUUGCGGCCCAAGAGCGCCUCUUCACGGGCCAUUGCGAAUCCGUACGCAAAACCGUUGGCUGUCUCACAGCAGCAACAAUCCGAAUCGGUCGACAAGACGCCGUCAUCACCAAUUCAACCACACAUCCCUUCCGAGUCCCUGCCACUGCCGCAAUAUACCGUCACGAAUCAAACAACCAGUUCCACUAGCAGUACCGCAGGUAUUGGGAAUAAACUCCACCGAUCAGCAACCAGUGAUGGAGAUUCUAAUCCAUCCGAUACGGGACGCGGAAAGAACCCCUUCGUGGCCCUCAAACCUCGCCCUGUUUUGGAGUACAAACCUGGUCCGGUCCCGAUAGACGAGAGCACGGCUCAUGAAUGGGUCUAUCCGACAGCCGAAACUUUCCCCAAACGUCAGUACCAAUUAGAAAUUACGAAAACGGCUCUCUUUCAUAACACUUUGGUAUCCUUGCCAACCGGCCUAGGCAAAACUUUGAUUGCUGCCGCGGUACUCUACAACUACUAUCGAUGGUUUCCAACCGGCAAAGUCAUUUUCCUCGCUCCCACUUUACCUUUGGUCAAUCAGCAAGUCAAGGCUUGCUACGAUAUUAUGGGUAUUCCUCCAUCAGACACGGCGGUGCUCACAGGAAAAGUGCAUGCCGCUCGUCGGGAAAUCGUAUGGCGUGACCGCCGCGUCUUUUUUUGCACGCCUCAGACCGUCCAAAAGGACUUGGACGCGAACCGCUGCGACUCCUCCAAAGUCGUCUGUGUAGUGCUAGACGAAGCUCACAAGUCCACGGGAGAUUAUGCUUACGUCAAAGUCGUGGAACGCCUCGAGGAGGCUGGUGCACAUUUUAGGGUUCUGGGAUUGAGUGCGACGCCCGGUACCAAUAUAAAAGCAAUUCAGAGUGUGGUAGAUGUACUGCGCAUCAACAAGAUUGAGGCCCGUCGGGAUUCGGAUCCAUCGGUAGCCCGAUAUAUACACGAAAAGCAGUCGGAGAUUGUUGUUGUGAAGCAGGCGUCUGCAUCACGAACCAUUGAACGGGCCCUCAACGAUGUUGUCGGACCAUUGUUGGAGCGAUUACGGAGCGCAGGGGCAUUGGGGCGUCUCACGGGAAACGCUACAAUAACCGCGUAUAAUUUAAUACGUGCCCGGGAAGAGUUUUGCAAACGUCGGAACGACGACGGCUUGAUUGGUUUCUUUCUCGCUGCGCAACAAUUUGUACAAAUACGAUCGGAUUUACACAAACACGGAGUUGGUUUGGUGAGGUCAAAGCUUAGUCGUCUACGGACCGAACGUCAACGGGGUAUGGUGGCUUCAAUUGUCAAGGGGAAAGAAUUUCAAGCUUUGUGGGAGGAAGUUGCCAAAUCGACGUGCGACCCAAAUUCCAAUCACAAUAACGUGCAGGACAAAUUAGUGAACAAUCCAAAACUAACGCAGCUCAGAGAGAUUCUUGUCGAGCACUUUGAAAGAGCUCGGGCUUGCUCGACGUCUUCGCGGGCUAUCGUCUUUUCGCAAUUUCGAGACUCUGUGUCGGAAAUUGUGGAUAUACUUUCCGCUUCCAGACCGUUAAUUCGGCCUCGACAUUUUGUGGGUCAAGGGAAGGGUACCAAAGGCGAGGGAGGAAUACAGCUAAAAGGGAUGAGACAAGUUGAACAGCAACAAGCUAUUCGCGAAUUUCGCGAGGAUACUUUCAAUGUCCUCGUAUGCACUUGCAUCGGCGAAGAGGGUUUGGAUAUUGGAGAGGUUGACCUGAUUGUUAAUUUCGAUACUCUUCGCUCCCCAAUCCGUAUGAUUCAACGUACCGGGCGUACUGGACGGAAGAGAGAUGGUCGCGUGGUUUGCUUAGUGGCUGAAGGGCCCGAGGAACGAACGUUGCUGGCGUCUCGCCAGUCCGAGCGAAAUCUAGCGCACGCUCUGAAGAAUCCCAAGUCAUUUCGAGUAGCGCAAACAAUGCCACUUUUUCCAAGCCAACCGAAGUUAAGAGAGCAAAACAUGUUGGUAUCAAAAGAUUUCCACAUUUCUCAGGUUGAAGGUCACGAAGGAACUAGGCGCAAGGUUUUGGGCCCCUUUGAUGCGAGAAAUAGUCAAUCUGCUCAAGAGAAAAUUCGCUGGAGGCUUGUGACAAAAGAGGAAAACGAACGCGAAUCGGCUUUAGGGAGAAUACUUGUUUCCAAGGGUUGCUCAGAGGUUUGGAGAACGUCGCUACGGCGCCGUUUUCUGUUGGCAAGGAGUCUUUCCAAUAUCUCUGACACUCGACGACUCAAUUACACAACUGGAAGAACCGUCAGAAUUCUUGCAGAUCUUCGGUAUUCCCACGGUGUAAAUGUUUCACACAAUUAUAGCAAGACACACUCUAGGGGUCAUGGCUGGACUUUAGAGCAUCUCUUCCCUCUCAAGUUUGACUCAUUGAUCGGCAAAGGAUUGCAUGGGGAAAUUCUGCCGGUAAUCAAUCAGUCGCUUCCGAAGAACCUCCUAGUUGAGCUUGAUGUGCUAAAUAAAGGGAGCAUGGAGACUAUUUUCCGGAAUGACCACGGAUGUGUGGGGAGGAACUCUAUCCUCGGACAGAAAGGCUUUGUCAGAAACAAGAAAACACGAGAAACAAAUACGGAGCACUCCGAAGGGGAACAUUAUCUGACCAAGGAGCAAACAGAAGCUUUCGGAAUCGAUGCGCCUCCCCAUGAAGCAAGAAGAAAUUGCAGAAGAAGAAUUCAACAAGAAGAAGCCAAAAAGAGACCGUUGUCUUCAUCAGGAGUCGAUAUACUCGGUCAAGAAUCUAUGAUGAGCAAAUUCGACUUGGCCUCCACUGCCAAUGACAAAGAAAACGAGCCUCAUUACCAAGAUUGCGAUACAGAUGAGUGCGCACAAGAUGAGUUUGUCCUCCCCCCGACGGAAGAUUUGUCAUCGAGUAGCGACGAAGAAGAAUCUAGGCCAGCCUAUGAAUCUGUUAUUCCCAGAACUGCUGUUGCUCACAAUACAGGAUCUUUUGCCGGAGCGAGCUACUUCCCUAUGUCGGAGCAUGAGACAACUACUGUUGAUUCAAACCAGUUCUAUUAUCGUCUGCCGACCCAGAGCGACUCUUCUUCCGAUGAGGAUGACGAAACCGCUAUGGCUUCGAGUAUUCGCGACGCUAGCGUCAUAGAGAGUCCAGAUUCCCAAGCAAAAAUGAAAGCUACUACACGACGUGCCAUUGAAGACACCCCAGAAUCUACGAUAUCGCCUCGUGUAAGCUUGGCAGAACCCUUACAAGGAAAAAAUGAGCUUACCAAUGACGUAGAUGGGUUACUGGAUACACAAGAUGACGUUGUCUCGGGUGUUUCCGAUAUAGUAUGUGCUGUAUGCUUCUCUGGGGAGUCGGUCGACGAUGACCCAAUAGUCUUGUGUGAUGGACGAGGCAAAGGAGAAACAUGUAAUUUAGCUGUGCACGCAACCUGCUAUUCAAUACCCAUCAGUUGCCUCGGUGACGCUGAGUGGUUCUGUGAUCUUUGCCGGUUUCCUACCAACCCGUCACAGCCUGCUCCCUCAUGCUCGCAUUGCCAUCAAGAAGGAGGUUCUCUACGGCGGAUGCCUUCGUUUGAAUGGUCUCACCCGCUUUGCCCUAUGAAUCAAAAUAGCGAAGCGCGUAGAGCAGGGUUCAAAAGGCUCCGAAAGAUCCCAAAACGAAAGUCGCUCCCCCUCGAUUUGUCAUCACAGAUUGAUAUGUAUCAUGCAGAUGACAACACCAACGUACCCAAGCGAAAGCUUCGGCACUAUCGCUGCUUUCUGGACGAAGAAGCUGGGAUUGAUUCAGACGAGGACAUUGACGGAGAUCGUAUGGAGGACGAAGAGCUGGAUGCUAUCGAGGACGAGGAAGCCGCAAUGAGCAGUUUCAUCAACGACUCGUCACAAUUGGGCCAAACGCAGGACGAAUUGGAUCUAGCUGACCCACCUGCACCAGAGGAUUGCGUGCAUCGCCAGCUCGACCUUGAUCGUGAGCGCAAAACCGUCUUCUCAACUCCACUUCUUAAUCGCCGAAUGAAACGUCGAAAAGGACGCGAUAGUUGGACACCAACACCAGCGUCGGCCCCAGACUCAGAGAAAGGACUGGGGAACAUGCAUUUCAUAAGAAGUGUGAUCGAACACCAUCGUCGAGGCGGUGACUCGGAAGCUAUCGAGCAACUGUACCGAAUGGAAGAAGACCAGAGUGUUGAUGAAAGUGGUGCUCUUGACUGCGAACAGACACUACGUCCUCGGAUAGUUCACUACUGUAACAGUGACUCAGACUAG